AUGGUGCACCUGGAUGCUAGGUUCGUGGUCGGUGUGGUUGGAAAUAUCAUCUCUGGCGGGCUUUUUCUCUCUCCAAUACCUACGUUCAUACAAAUAUGGAGAAAAAAAGAUGUGGAAGCUUUCGAUCCAAAACCUUACCUUGCAACAGUGUUGAACUGUUUGUUAUGGUGUUACUAUGGAUUGCCAUUUAUUAAUCCAAACAGCAUUUUAGUUGUCACCAUUAAUGGAAUUGGGUUACUUAUAGAGCUUAUAUAUCUGGGCAUAUUCUUCUAUUAUACUUCAGCAAAAGGACGAAAGAGGGUUGCUACAUACUUUGUAUGUGAACUAGUUUUCUUUGGGGCUGUUGUGGCUGCAACUAUGUUGGCAAUACCUGAGCAUAAGAUGAAGAUGAAUCGACAUUUGAGGGCUGUUGUAAUUGGUAUUAUCUGUGACUUUUUCAAUGUCCUCAUGUAUAGCUCUCCUCUAUUCAUCUUGAGAGAUGUCUUUAAAACAAAGAGUGUGCAAUACAUGCCAUUCUCACUCUCGGUUGCUAACUUUCUGAAUGGUUGUUGCUGGACUUCCUAUGCUCUUAUUGGAAAAGUGGACUACUUUAUUUUGGUUAGCAACAGUCUAGGUGCAAUCGCUGGAGCAAUUCAAUUGAUAGUUUAUGCAAUAUACUACAAAUCUACACCAAAAAAUGAAGACCCCGCUGACAAGGCUACUAAUGAAGUGCAACUCGCAACUAUUGUCUAA